AUGUGUCAUAUGACCUCCUCGGAUCAGUGUAAGAUGUUGCAUUUUGUGUGCAGUGAACUAUGGUUCACGGCACGGCCAAGUAUCCAGUCCAUACAAGAAUUGAAAAGGACUGCGCACUCGUGCCAAAAGCAGAUGAGCGAGGACCUUGGCUGGUACGUUGAGCAAUACCACUUCCAAAAACCAACUGAGCGCCAAGAGCCGCCCACGACGGCGCCUGGGUCCCGAAGAGGAGUUGCGGCCCCGCUGCGGAAGCGACGCCAACAAGCCAUGGCGGCGAGGGGCAGUGUGCUCGUCAUCCAGAGCGACUGGCAUGACACUUUGAGGGAUAAUGACAGUUCUGCAUGGAUAUUCCACAAGCGUCUUGGAGAGAAGGGAGACUAUGGCAAGAUCGGGGGCUCAGCAUCCGACAGCAUUUUCCAGGUUCACUCCCGCACAGAACGGACGAUUGCUGUGUCACACCAUCCAUCGGGAAUGUCCACCAUAUUCAUUGCACCAGUUGCAUCUUUUAGCAACAUCCAUGCAAAAAGUGUGAUUGGACUGGAUGUAGCAAAUGGUGGACUUGGUGUCUCCGUUUGCUCAGAAAACAAACUACAUGUCUGGGAAACAGAGAGUGGUGAAGUGAGAAGAUUGCUUGAAGGUCAUUUUUUUGAUGUGUAUACCUGUCGCCUCUUCCCCUCGGGCAUUGUGGUGCUGUCGGGGGGCGGGGACAUGCAACUCAGAAUAUGGGAUGCGGCCACGGGGCAGUGUCCCGUUGUUCUAAAGGGCCACACAGGAGCUGUUCUAGACACAGCUUUUGUUGAUCGUGGGAAAAAUGUGAUUUCUGUCAGCAAGGAUGGAACAGCAAGACUUUGGAACUGUGGACAGAGUAAAUGUAUAGCAACACUCCUGACAGCAGAAUCAACAAUAACAUCAUGUGCAAUAACAGAUGUUACAGGUUUAAUUAAUCUUCCUGCACCUGCAGAAAUACCAGACGAGUUAGAGCAUGGCACUGCGGGAAAGCUGCUGUUGCUUGGCUGUGAAGAAGGGAUGGUUCACUUGGUAGCUGUGGAGAGUCGGACUGUCUUGGGAUCAUUUACUCAAGGGGCGCCUGUGCUGUCUGUCUGCUGGGCAAGACCUACAGUUGGGGUAGCUGGACUCAGCGAUGGGCGUCUGGUUAUUGUGGAUGCUGAGGCACUUGUAACACGGCCUCUGUCUCAUGACAGUGCCUCACCAGUCGAGACUGUAACUGCCUUAAAGGGAGGAGUGUUGGCAGGAAGGCGUGAUGGUCUGUGCCAGUUUUACAACCUGGAUGGAUCUAGCUCCUUCCAAUUAACUGGUUCAGAUUGUGACCCAAUAUACAAGAUAGUGCGGGAUACCAACUACAUCUACACGGCUUGUCGAGAUGGAUUAAUCCGAAAAUACAGAUGCAGUGACAUUAAUGUCUGAGUGGGGCCUUGAUAUUUGUGUUACCAAUGCUAAGUCAUUAGAAGAUUUAAUCAGUUAGGUAUCAUUCUUUAUUUUUCAUUUAUCACUCACAGCUGGAGUCAGUGUGCAUGUGAUAAGAUACUGAAGUUUUUUCUUGUUUCUUUUUGUAAGAUAAUUCUUUGAGUUUUGAAUGAUAUGAGCUACCAGUCAAAAGUCAGUGAUAAAGUAAUUUCAGCUUUUUACCUUUUGGUUACAGGAGAUGCAGUAUUAACAAGAUACUUUUACCAUAUAUAGUUCAACUUCUGCUGAUGGAAUUCCAAAAAUAUAAUACAGGGACACAUAACUGUAAGCCCAAUUAGUAGAAAACAAGUAAAUACAAGGUCUGAUAACAUUAACAGAAAUACUGGUUGACCUCAAGCAUUCUCGUUUUCAGUAUUUUCUUUAAAAUCAAUUGCAAAUAAAAAAAAUUCAGAGUCUCAUUACAGGCAUCUCAGCAUGUUUUUACUUCACCCAAACAUGAAGUAACAUGCAUUGGUUUUCCAUUAUUCACCUUCUCUUUAGUUAAGCAUUUUUUCAAAAUUCCUUGAUAAUGGAAUGGGUAUUUGGUUUCUUUUUGAAGCACUGUACUACACAAAUGUUAUUGGUGUGAUACAGACAGGUCUCUUAAGAGUUUAUAAGAGAGGAACUGCUUAUUGAUAUAUUUGCCCAGUUGAAAGAAUUCAUUAUUAAUAAAGAAUACUGUAAACUGUUUUUUGUAGUAAAAAUAAAAAAACAAUAUGAUUUCUAGAUAAUGGAUUUGAAUGCAGAGUUUCUUUUCUAAACCUAUAAUUUAAAUAGAAGCAAAAUAUGAAUCUGAAAUUUAAAUAUUGAAAUGUUAACUCAUUAAAAAUUAAAUAAGUUGUUACAAUGGAACACUUGUGAUGGGUUUUUCCUAGUUGCAGGAAGAAUGUUUAGAUUUUGCACAGAAAGUGCUCUGCAGGACUAUCAUGUAUUUAGCAGAAGAAAACAGUUUGAAAAUAUUACUUUAAUAUAUGCAAACACAAUUAUGCAGAGAUGGCAAUGAGGAAUAAAUAUUAUGAUGAAA